AUGGACUCCGGUGGCCGGGGUAGAGGUAGGGGGCGAGGACGAAACCCCGAGGGAGAAAAUGAGCUCGAGAAUGACCAGGUAGCCACAGCCAUCCAGCGAAUGGCUGAUUUACUUGAGCGUAUGGUCGCCCAACAGGGCCAGGGUCAGGGGAACAACUCCGAAAAUCCUGGGAGUAGUCGAGGGAAUCAUGAGGGGGAGGACCGUGCUUUAGAGCGGUUCCAAAAAUUUGCACCCCCUAAAUUUAUAGGAGGACCCAGCCCUGACCUGGCGGAGGGCUGGCUGGAGCGUAUACUGGAUAUUUUCGUCGCCUUGGGAUAUGCGGAGGAACGACAAGUAUCGUUCGCUACCUUUCAAUUCGAAGGACCCGCCCGAGCAUGGUGGAACGUGGUAAAAGCAAAAUGGGAACGAGAGCGGACCCCCUGGACCUGGAUUAACUUUACCAGGGAAUUUAAUGAGAAAUACCUUUCGCCGAUGGUACAGGAGAAACGGGAGGAUGAUUUCAUUCGCCUGCGCCAAGGGGCGCUAAGUGUUGCAGAAUACGAGACCCGAUUCACUAAAUUGUCUCGUUUUGCUCCGGAUUUGGUGUCAACAGAACAAAAGCGGAUCCGCCGCUUUGUUCAAGGGUUGAACGUUGAGAUCCAAGAGGCGUUGGCGGCCGCUCAGUUAGAUACUUUUAAUCAGGUGUUAGAAAAAGCGCAUAGGGUUGAGACAGCCCGGGGUCAAGUAAAGGCAUUUCAUGAUAAAAAGAGAAGGCAUCCGGGCACUGGAAACUUUAAUGCUGGACAAAGCUCGAGGAAUGAGCCGCCCACUAAAAUGGGUAGAGGAGCAGGAGGUCCACGACCGGCGGGGACUUCAAACCAGGGAAAUGCCGGAAGAGGGCAAGCAGAGCGAGGGCCCCAGAGAGGUGGUCAAAGAAGAGGAACAACUACCGGGACGAGACAGACCUGUAGUUUUUGUGGAGGCAAUCAUACCGCCGAAAAUUGCUGGAAGAAUAGUGCAGUCAGGAGGUGCUAUAAGUGUGGUAGUACCGAACACCUGAUUGCUCAAUGCCCGAAUCUGCGGGCUGAAAGAGGCACCUCACGGGCAGAGGGAAGCGCGCCCAAGCCAGCAAAUGUAGCGGGCAAUCGACCGAAGGUACCUGCGAGGGUCUAUGCCAUGGGACAUCAGGAGGUGACUGACCCUUCGGCAGUCAUCGAAGGUACGCUUUCUAUAUUUCGGCGUACCGCAAGUGUGUUAAUAGAUCCUGGUGCUACCCACUCCUUUGUGAGUCCUGCAUUCAUGGCACAUAUAGACAUUAAGGCAGAGAAGUUGCCAUAUGAUUUAGAAAUAAAGACUCCCAUUACCAAUAAGAGCAUCCUUGCUAAUAAAAUGUACAAAGGUUGUGACGUGUGGAUAGGGGAACGAAAGUUGUCGGUGGAUUUAAUAGAAUUAACUCUUAAGGGGUAUGAUCUCAUAUUAGGUAUGGAUUGGCUAGCUAAAUAUUAUGCACGUUUGGACUGCAGUACGAAAAAGGUUGACUUGUGCAUAUCGGGUGAGCCUACAUUGCAAUUAGAUGUACAAGGAAAGUUAGCCUCUACCACUUUUAUUUCUGGGAUUCGGGCCAGGAAAUUGCUGAGUAAGGGGGCCCGAGGGUUUUUGGCCAUGUUGAUUAAUACCCCAGGAGAGCAAUUAAAAGUAGAAAGUGUGCCAGUGGUGUGUGAGUUUCCUGAGAUGUUUCCCGAAGAAUUGACCUCACUACCGCCGGAAAGAGAAAUCGAAUUAAAGAUUGAUCUCCACCCAGGGGCGGAACCGAUAUCGAAAACCCCUUACCGCAUGGCUCCUGCAGAACUGAAGGAAUUAAAAAUCCGGUUGCAGGAAUUAUUGGACCAAGGAUUUAUUCGGGAAAGUGAAUCUCCUUGGGGAGCCCCGAUACUAUUUGUAAAGAAAAAUGAUGGAAGUUUACGGAUGUGCAUUGAUUACCGGGGACUAAAUAAUCUUACGAUUAAGAAUAAAUAUCCCCUGCCACUGAUUGAUGAAUUAUUUGACCAACUGCAGGGUGCAGUUGUAUUUUCUAAACUGGACCUUCGACAGGGAUAUUACCAAUUAAAAAUCCGGAAGAAGGAUAUCCCUAAGACUGCGUUCAAUUCGCGGUACGGGCAUUUUGAAUUUGCAGUCAUGCCCUUUGGAUUGACAAAUGCGCCAGCUGCAUUUAUGGAUUUAAUGCACCGAGUUUUCAAACCUUACCUAGACCAAUUUGUUGUGGUAUUUAUUGACGAUAUUCUGGUCUAUUCGAAAACUCGUGACGAUCAUGAACGGCAUUUGAGGUUAGUGCUACAGACUCUUAAGGAGCACCAAUUGUAUGCUAAAUUUAGUAAGUGCGAGUUCUGGCUGGACAAGGUGUCUUUUCUUGGACACGUGAUUUCAAAAGAUGGAAUAGCGGUGGACCCCGCUAAAGUGAAAGCCGUCACAGAAUGGAACCGACCUAAGAACCCAACUGAAGUUAGAAGAUUCUUAGGACAUGCCGGAUACUAUCGCCGCUUCAUAAAAGAUUUUUCUAAGAUAGCGGGACCUCUGACGGACUUGACUAAGAUUCACAACCAAUUCAUUUGGACUUCCAAGUGCGAGGCCAGUUUUCAAGAGUUAAAAGGGCGAUUAACUUCUGCACCAAUUCUUCCUUUGCCCAACGGGAAAGAUAGCUUUGUAGUGUAUACGGAUGCGUCUCGGAUGGGCUUGGGAUGUGUGCUUAUGCAAAAUGGGCAAGUGAUAGCCUAUGCAUCUCGAAAAUUAAAACCCCAUGAGCAAAAUUACCCGACUCACGACUUAGAAUUGGCGGCAGUAGUAUUUGCUCUUCAAAAGUGGCAACAUUAUUUAUAUGGGGUAACCUUUGAGGUUUUCACCGACCAUAAGAGUCUCAAGUAUUUAUUUUCGCAGAAAGAGCUGAAUUUGAGGCAGCGUAGGUGGAUGGAGUUCUUAGAGGAUUAUGACUGCACCAUUAAAUACCAUCCAGGUAAGGCUAAUGUAGUAGCUGAUGCCUUUAGCCGAAAAGCUCAAGUAUCUAGUCUACAGGUGAAAGAGUGGGAGUUACUAGAAAAAGCUGGGGAAUGGAAUCCUCAACUUAAACCAUACAAAGUGUUGUUUAGUAAUAUUCAGGUGAUUUCCACGCUAUUGACUAGGAUAAAGGAGACUCAGAAGAAGGACCCCCAGGUGCAGAAGUGGAAAGACAAAGUCGAGAAAGGGAUGAUACCCGACUUUAAUGUGGGUUUGGAUGGGAUGUUAAGGUAUAGAAAUCGAUUGGUUAUACCCCCAGGAUACGGAUAUCAAGAAAGAGCUAUUGGAAGAAGCUCACCGCUCGCGAUAUACAGUACACCCUGGUACGACGAAGGUAUAUCAAGAUUUGAAGAGUUUGUACUGGUGGGAGGACAUGAAAAAAGAGAUUGA